AUGCACGUCUGCAGUGGAGCAGAGUGCAGAGGUCCUCUGGAGACACCCACAUUUGGGGACAUCUACCAUGUCACAGGAAUCAUCAGCCUGCCCUAUGCAGAGAUCAGGGAGCCUUUUGAAGCCUGGUACAACCUCACGGGUGGGAAGAGCCGUAUCGAGUACUACGGUGGCCAAGUGGUCACCUACCAGUUUGGCUCCAUGGAGCCCUUCGGCGCCAGCUUCAAGGUGACCCCGGAGACCACGGAGACGGAGCUCAACGUCCGCAAGUGCUUCCGCAUCAACGGCACCAUCGGGGCCCUCAUCGCCCCCCAGAGCGUCUUCCCCAGCCUGGAGAACUUCAGGCGCGUGCGGGAGGAGCGGUUCCGAGGGCAGCGCUGUGCCGUGUGGCAGAACGUCUCCUACUGGGGGCACAAGAAGAACGUGUACACGCUGCGGGUGGGCAGCUCUGCCCACGGCCCCGUGCCCCUGCACUACGAGGUGAGGGGCUUCAACAGCCUCCUGGGCUCCCACUAUGACAAGUACGAGAUCGACUAUUCCUCCUUCAGCCAUCGCUUCCCGCCCGGCGUCUUCCAGCUCCCCAAGGGGGUGCAGUGUGAGCAGUGGCCCACGGGCAGCCCCGAGCACCUCCUCGUGGCCAACCCCAUGCAGGAGUUUGUGGGGAGGGGGCCGGACACAGACCACGUCCACCACCGCCUCUUCCACCGCUACAAGGAGCAGUUUGGGAAGAGCUACGGCAGUGAGGAGGAGCACGAGCACCGCAGGCACACCUUCAUCCACAACAUGAGGUUCGUGCACUCCCGGAACCGCGCCGCGCUCUCCUACACGCUGGCCCUGAACCACCUGGCCGACCGCACGCCCCGGGAACUGGCAGCCCUGCGGGGCCACCGGCGCAGCGGGGACCCCAACAACGGGCAGCCCUUCCCCACCCACCUCUCAACCGGCCUCACCCUGCCCGAGAGCCUCGACUGGCGGCUCUAUGGCGCCGUCACCCCCGUGAAGGACC